UUUAGGUAAGGCGUAAGCGGAAGUGACCCCGCGUGUGCAUAUUGAGAUUGCAAUGUUGCUGCUCGUCACACGCCACUUUUUCUCAGUUUUCCGCCACAACUAACGAAAAUGAGUAGUGGCUCAAAUCAGAGGACUUUGUUUCAGACUUGGGGCGCGUCCGUCUCCCAAAACAAAGUUGUUCAACCAAAAAAAGAUGCUAAGAAAGCGGCGGGGAGGCGCAGAACAACCCCAAACAACACUGCGCAGGUAACGCUAGCUACGACGCACCCUCCUCAAAAUGCUCUGUGGGCUCAAAUAGGUCAGGGGUCAACGCACACAACAGAGAGCACAGAGGAGCCUGCGUAUGAAGAUGAGGUUGACGACGACGAUUUAAUGAUAGUCGCUGUUUAUGAAGCUGAAAAGAACCUUCAACUUGAUAAUGCAAACUCUUUUCAAAGUGACAACCCUGUAGCAGCAGAGAGCACUGCCCUCUCUCCCACCCCGUCAGGUGGGCAGACAUAUCCAGACUUCCCUGGUUUUGACAGCUCCUCAGCUAAGGUAUGGAUUUACCCCACCAACUAUCCCAUCAGGGAGUAUCAGCUGAAGAUAUCAGAGGCUGCUCUGUUUCAAAACACACUAGUGUGCCUUCCCACCGGACUGGGAAAGACCUUUAUAGCCUCUGUGGUUAUGUACAACUUCUACCGCUGGUAUCCAUCAGGGAAGAUUGUCUUCAUGGCUCCCACCAAACCUCUGGUGGCCCAGCAGAUCGAGGCCUGUUAUAAAGUGAUGGGGAUCCCACAGGCACACAUGGCUGAGCUGACAGGCACCACAGCAGCAAAGCAUAGACAGGAGGUGUGGAGGACCAAGCGAGUCUUCUUCCUCACCCCACAGGUCAUGGUGAACGAUCUGUCCAGAGACAGCUGCCCUGCCCAGCAGGUCAAGUGUGUGGUGAUCGAUGAAGCCCACAAGGCGCUGGGCAACCACGCCUACAGUCAGGUGAUCAGACAGCUCGGAAGCCAGAGUCUGCAAUUCCGUGUCCUGGCCCUCAGUGCAACUCCAGGGGGGGAUGCAAAGGCGGUGCAGGCGGUGAUCUCUAAUUUGCUCAUCUCCCACAUUGAGUUGCGGUCAGAAGAGAGCCCAGACAUCCGGGCUCAUUCCCACCAGCGCAGUGUGGAGAAAAUGGUUGUUCCUCUGGGGGAAACCCUGUCCGCUUACCAGGCACGCUACCUACAGGUGCUGGACAAAUUCAUGUCUCGUCUGGUCCAGAACCGGGUGAUGGGACACAAAGACCUGCGGACUCUCAGCAAAUAUCAGAUCAUCCUCGCCAGGGAUCAGUUCCGAAAGAACCCACCGCCGAGCGUCAAGGGUCCGCAGCAGGGAAUGCUUGAGGGCGUCUUUGCCCUUUGCAUCAGCCUGUACCACGGCUAUGAGCUCCUGAUGCAGAUGGGGCUCCGAUCCCUCUUCUUCUACAUCCAGGGAAUCAUGGACGGAUCCAGAGAGAUGUCCAGGCCAAGAGUGAGCUGCAGAGGACUCCCCACCUUCAUGGACCUUUACCAUGAAAUGGAAGCAAUGUUUGUGAAGCCAUCUGCUGGUCCAGAUGAGCCAUUUGUUUACAGUCACCCCAAACUGGAGAAACUGGAGGAGGUGGUGCUUCAGCACUUCAGACAGUGGGCUGAGAGCUCUGCAGAAAAUAAUGGUCCUCAGGAAGUAAGCACGCGCGUGAUGAUCUUUUCAUCGUUCCGUGAGAGUGUACAGGAGAUUGCAUCCAUGUUAAACCGCCAUGCUCCACUGAUAAGGGUCAUGACCUUCAUGGGUCAAGCUUCAGCAGGGAAGGGAGUCAAAGGCUUCACCCAAAAGGAACAACUGGAGGUGGUGUGCAGGUUCCGUCAGGGAGGCUUCAACACACUGGUGUCCACCUGCGUCGGGGAGGAGGGGCUAGAUAUCGGAGAGGUGGACCUCAUCGUUUGCUUCGAUGCACAGAAGAAUCCCAUCCGCCUGGUGCAGCGAAUGGGACGCACUGGACGUAAGCGGCAGGGGCGAAUUGUUGUCAUCCUGGCUGAGGGACGAGAGGAGAAGACUUACAACCAGAGCCAGAGCAACAAGCGCAGUGUGGACAAGUCUAUUAUUGGCAACAAAAACGGGUUCCACAUGUACCCCAACAGCCCCCGCAUGCUGCCCGAGGGCGUGAACCCCACCCUGCAUAAGAUGCACAUUACCUGUGGCCAGUUUGACCAUCGGGAGAACAGCAGGCGGUCUGUCAGGGGUCGACGGUCCCACUCUGAGGGACGGGCCUCACUCAUCCACCCUCAAAACCUGAUUCGACAGGGCAGUGAGACAUCGGACGGGUUUCUGAGUAGUGCUGAAUAUUCCCUGUGGGCGUCCACCAUGAAGCUGGAGGAAGAUGAAGCUCAUCCAACCCUGAAACAGUCUCAUUUCAUGUCCCUACUGAGUGAUCCACCACCUCAGGAGGAAGUUUCCAGACCAUCAUCCAGAGAGCUGUCUUUGUGGGAGUGGAGACACUGGCAGCACAAAUCGCUUCCUACCCAUGUUGUUGAUCAUUCCCUCCGCUGCCACCACUUCACUAAGGUGAUGGAGCUGAUAGACGGCAUGAGAGAGGAAAAUGAGGGGGAGUGUCAAUAUGAACAGGAGCUUCUUCCUUACCUCCACAAAGAGGAUGCUGUUGGCCACGUAACCAAAGGACAAAAGAAACAGAAGGGUGCAAAGACCAGCACUAAAAUGACCAACAACAAAUCCAAACCAUCUUAUUCGAUGUUAUCUGAUCUUGAAUGCAUCAAUGAUGAAGAAGAGAGGGGAAAUACACGAGAGAGGAGUUCAAUAUCCACAUUCGCUGUGACAAAAAAACUUCCUGUUCAACAUGAUACUGAGGUGCCUCAUGAUGACAUCACAGAUCACCCAGGACCUGAGGCAAUUUGCCCUCCGCCCUCAAAAAUGGACUGUCCAGAAGCCGACAUGGAUGAUGACUGCGCCAUUAUAAAUGAUGACGUCUUUGAGCCAGAGCCAACAGUUGGUGAACCUGUAAAUUUUGACAAAAUUUCACAAUUGAUUACAAAAAUGGAUGAGGAUGAAGAUAUUGAACUUGAGGCCAUGUUCUACCUCCCUAAAUGGGAUUCAGCACCCUGUCCCUCCUUUGCUAAACUCCCCCCAGGAAGAGAUCAGAGUCUGAAAGUCAUAUUUGCCAAUGUGGCGGAGCUCCUGUCACAGUCUCCGCCACCACUGACUGCAGAUUUAGACGCCGACAUGGCUGCUCCAUCACUUCCUCCAUCUCCUCAGCAGCUUCUUCAGCCAUUCCAAGUCAGCUUUACCCUGGAGGUGGACGACGAUGACGAUGAAGUGAUGAUGAAUGACGUUGACGAUGCCCUCCUGAGGACGGACUUAGACGAGCCUCUGGUUGAUGAAGAAGAUGGUAAAACGCAUCAUGAUCGGCUUUGUCAGGAUCAGCCACAUAGCAUCAGCAGCGUAGCGGCAAACAGCCCGACCUGGGAUGAGGUUUUUGGGGAAGAAGAAGAAAAAGUUAAUGAUAAUAAUGACAUAAAAGAUGCUACCAAAGAGGCAGGUGAUGAGGUUUACAAACAGGAAAAGGCUGAUGAGGAAGCUGACAAGUACGGAGAAAUAAAAAUAAAUAAUUAUGUCACGAUAGAAGAGAAAGAGAGUUGUUGGGAUGAUGUGAGGAACGAGGAAAUUACAGACUUGACACAUGGCGAUGUGAACGAUAACAGGGACUCUCAGAUGGAUGAGAGCGUUGAUCUGUUCGGGGACGACGAGGCCUUCCUGCAGAUGACCAUCCCAGACGUCUCCACUCCAAGUGUCACGCCCAGGACUUCCCUGAGUGCUGAAAAGAUUUCGUUACAUACACCGACAGACACACGUAGCAGCACACACACAGCUGAUUUAGCACACACGAAGCAAAUAACUCAUUCUCUGCACACAGAGCUGAUAACGCCGAGCACCACAGAGAUAAAACACACAGCAGCACCAAGUAAACCUGUAACACACGACUCAAUGACAGACAAGGAAGUUACAGCUGAUUGUAAAUCUACAGUGCCACAAAACACUGAAUCCUUUGAGAGCUCCCAUGACUACUUCUCUGUCAACUUUGACCUCGGCUAUUCACUGGAGGACUCUGACGAAGCAGAAGAAGAAGCUGCUCCAUGUACAGUGACCUCGCCACAGUGUAAAAAACAAGCCGACUCUUCCACCCCCGUCAACAGUUUAGGAAGACAGAGAAUAUUUCAACAGUCCAGUGACUCCAAGAUGUCUACACCACAAGUACUGUCAGAGCACAGGAAGAGAGAAACACCCUCUCUUCUGGCGUCGCCCUUGUCGUCAAAAGGGGGUGCAAUGCCGUCUCCAAUCGCCUUACCAGGAGUUAGGCGGAUGCUCAUGUCUGGCUACACCGGGCCUCAUAACGCGUCUCCAGCCCCCAGCUUAAAACGGAGACGACCUGAGGAGGAAUCCCCUUCUAAUGCAGUGGAAUGCAACGACGACAGUGACGAUGACGUUUUGGUUAAUAAAAGAAGACAUCAGAGCAAGGUCAACCCCCUGUCAUCCCCAGAAGUGUCAAAGAUCUGCAGUGACGUGGACUCCCCGGUGGUUGUGAAGAGGAAACGCACGGCUGCACUUAAUACUUCAGAUGAAAUGGAGGUCGAAGCUGUUUCGGAUGAUGAUUUCCAAAAUGAGUCUGUGUUCGCACGCAGACCUGCAGCACAUGGAGCUGAGAGGCAACGAGUCCAGCAGGGCAAAGCCAAGAACCCCACACGCCAAAAAGGGCGUCAGUUCCUGGAUGAAGAAGCAGAGCUGUCAGAGGAGGAGGACGACGUGUCAUCUGAUGAAGACGAUGGAGAGGAACAGGACCGUUUUCUUGAAGGCUUUGUGGUUGACAACACACACUUCUCACAGGGACUGAAUGACUCAGAGAUGCACGGUGUUUACCUGAAGUCAGUAAGAAGUCCUGAAGUCCGGGGAAAGUUUAAAAUGUCCUACAGAAAUCAUCACAACAUGGACAUAUUUUCUCAGGUGCCUGAGAUGGAUGAAACUUAUGCAGAGGACAGCUUUGUGGUGGGAAGUGAGGUGGAGGAGGUGGAGGAGGUAGAGGGCAGCGAGGACGAGGCUGAAGACAUUGAACUAAUGCCUGAGGACUCGUAUGUGGAGGGGCGGAGGCAGUAUGCCACUAGACGGCGUGUUUUCCUGCACAAAGCCAGAGCACGAGCUGGGGCCGCUGCUAAGACUACGGCUGGAUCUCCACCAGAGCAGAGAGCUAGGGUGAAAACCAAGCGCAGCCGAGUCAUUCGCAUUGAUGAUUCUAGUGAGGAGGAGACCGAGGAGGUUGGUACAAAGGAAAGUCUCACAACAGGAAGGGGUGUCGCUGACCCCUUGUGGUCAAAGGCGGUACAGCCAGAGCCCAGCAGGCUUCAGCAGCAACAGAAACCCUCCUCCUGCUCAUCUUCAACCAUAGCAUCCAAGGUCUCAUUGCUGAGCAAGGCACAGAGGAGCUCAGUGACUGAAGACCGGCUAAAAGAGAGGUGUCGCCAGAGGCUAGAAAACCAGCACUUGCUCUCUGAUGAACUUGACUUUGUAGAGUCAGAGUUGCCUUCAUCCUCCAAUAAACAACCUCAGGUCCAGGCUGUCCCUGCCACCUCGUCAGUUCCAUCCACUGCACAAGAUCCAUCAGGCAGUAAGGCCUCUGCUCCAUCCGGGCCUGUUUGCAUCGUGGUGGACAGUCGCUGCAUCAGUGGUGGAGUGGAGUUGAUGACCGCCCUCCGUCAGCACCAUGCGGUCACUGUCCACGUCUGCUCGCUGGAUGGCUGCUACUUCAUAGUCAGCAACCGCAUGGCAGUAGAGAGGCACAGCCCGUCGGAUCUGGCUGCGAUGCAGAACCGGAAGCGACUGGCUGAAAGAGUAAACAGCCUGCAGGGAUCGUUUGAGCGUGUUUGUCUGAUAGUGGAGAAGGACCGAACCAAGCCAGGCGAGGCGUCACGUCCGUUUCAGCGGACACGUUACUAUGACAGCACUUUGACAGCACUUGUGCGUACCGGGGUGCGUCUGUUGUGGAGUGAUGGCGCUGAGGAUAGUGCCGGCUUGCUGGCAGACCUGGCACGGCUGGAGCAGCGCAAAGGCCAGGGCAUCGCUGUACCGCUGGAGGUCAAAGGGCAGCACAGGCAGCAGGCCCUGCAGAUCUACCUGAGCCUGCCCUCUGUCAACUACGCCCAUGCUCUCAGCAUGAGCCACAACUUCAGGUCAAUAGCUCAACUCAUAAACAGCUCUAUUGAAGCCAUACAGAAGGGAGGCUGUAUGAGCCGAUCCAGAGCCGAGGAGAUCUACCGCUUCCUGCGCUUCUCCUGCGACUCCUUCUUCUUGGACACAUCAAAAACAUGAAAAAGCAGCUAGCAGCGCCGGUGAAUAACACUGUAAGAAAACCACAUACUGACAUCUGUUCACUCAUCCUUUAAUUCUCCACUACUUUCUCUUUCUUUCGUCUUUGUUUUAAGUCUCACGGGGACCAGUGGGCAACACUUACGAUGCUAUUUACACUAACUGCUCUAUCUGAAGUUGUAUCUCAAUGAGAGAAAAGCCUCAGGAUAUUGGUUCAGCUGUCUUGCACAAAACAUGAAGGGAAACUCAAUUUCUUUCUUAUAAUAAUGUAAGACAUUUUCAAUAAUCACUUGGUUUAUCUGAAGACUCGUCUACUGGCACUAAUCCUGUCAGACUGUGUGGAGGCAAAACCGUGAUUAUAGGAACUUGAUAUUUGAUCAACACUUGAAUAACUUAUUUUUUUGGUCAAAAUAAUGAACAUUGGUUAUACCACUACUCUGGAAGAAGUACAAAUGGUACCAGAUUUCUUUAAUAAAGAACGCUAUAUUUAUAUGUUGUUUAUAUAUUGUCGCAAAGUAUUUAUGUGUUUUCCCCUAAAAAAUCUGAAUGAGUCUGCUUCAAGCUCCAAGCGUAAGUCAGGGCUCCUA